AUGACAAUCAAAGGGACAGAGAGUAAUGUGUAUCGGGGGCUCCGGUGGGGGCUAAUUGUGCUGUCCGUUAUUGUGCUCGUGUCGGUCAUCAUUGUGUUGGCCGUGGAUCUGGUGUCCAUCAACCGAACCAAUCCAAUGGACACGAGAUCGUUGAGAGAUAAAUACACGGCAAAGGCAAUAAUCAUCACGAUAGGUGUAUUGGCCAUAUUGCUACAGAUCGCUGGUGUUGUGGGCGCCGCCACUGAAAAUAUAUGCCUGUGCUCUACGUAUGGCAUAAUGUCUAUAGUGUUGGCCAGUUUUAGUCUCAUAUACGCUAUAAUGACCAAAUAUGUGGCCGGAUAUUACCUUUUUGUUAUAUUUUUGAUCAGUGGGCUAGAUGCUGUGUAUAUUGCAAAGUAUGAUACUUAA